AUGGCUUCAAGAUUAAGGCAGCUUAUCCGACCAGUCUUUGCUGUCAACUCAGCUUUAUCAGUAUCCAAUGCAGUUCGUAGUCCAGUACUGACUUUUGUUCGUACUGCUACCAAAAGAGCAGCUGGUUCUAGAACCAGUAUGAAAGACUCUGCUGGUAGACGUUUGGGAAUGAAAAAGAGUGAUGGAGAACCUGUUAAAGCCGGCCAGAUUAUUUAUAGACAACGUGGUACCAGAUUUUAUCCCGGAGAAAAUGCCGACAUUGGUAAAGAUCACACUAUCUGGGCCAAGGAACCAGGUUUUGUUAGAUACUACUAUGAUCCAUUCCAUCCCAAAAGAAGACUCAUUGGAGUUGCUCUAUCGGCCAAAGAUCAAUUACCCACACCACAUUUUGAACCUCGCAAGAGAAGAUUGGGUUAUGUCCCUCUAACUAAUGAGAAGAAGGUUCAAGAGGAGAAAGAAUGGCUAUCUAGAAAACAAACUUUAGCAUUGCCAACUAUCUUGGCUGAAGUUGAGAAGAGAAAAGCAGCUCGUGCCGAACGGGCCAACAAGUAUGCCAGUGAGUUGACCUCGUUAGUUGAAGGACUUACUGAAGAAGAGGUUUCCAAGUCAGCAUCCAGACUUGUGACCAUUGCUAACUACCUUGCUGGUGGACGUACAUUAGCAGAGGCCAGAUCAUUCACCGACUCGGAAUUCGUACAAGACACUCGAUUGGCUGGUGAGCUGAACAAAUUAGCACAAGACGUGACUGCCAAUACCAUUGAAAGUUAUCAAUCGUUGGCUGCCAAGAUUGAUGCUAAGGUUUCAUUUGAUGCCAACAGAAAUAUUGUCAGAGCCUACAGCAAGACCGAGUUGUCAGAAAUGAAGACCGAGACUCUUCAAAAACUGGCAGAAUUGUCUGCCGAAAAGCCAUUAUCUGCAAAUACCAAAGAAGAGAUUCUGGCACUGCUCGCAAAGCCAUGUUUCAGCCUGUCUGAACAAGUCGCAUACCGAAGAAAAUACACCAAACCAGAGCCACCUACUCUCAUCAAGGACAAGGAGGCUCUGUCACAAUAUCAAAAGCUUGAAAAGGAUGGUAAGGGCAAAAUUGUCCAGAGCUGGAACUACGCCAAGAGAAAGGUUGACCGCUUUUUCCUUCCAUCGGGCACCUCUAUGUUUGCCAUCCACUAA